AUACUCCGUAUAUCGGACAGGUGUACCCUAUUCCGAGGCUCUUCGGGUUCCCGCGUGCACCUCCGAGACCGGCGACCGGCUGCACACGCCGCCCCGCUCGCGUCUCUUUCUCUAGCUGUCGCGGCAUCGCGGAGUAUCGCGUCACCACGAAGAGAGGUGAUCAGUCGCACGCACGAAGCUUCCGAGGGCUCUUAAAUCUCAUUCGAGCGAACGCGAAAUUCGGCGCUUCGCCAACAGCAGCGUCCGCAAAUCGCGGAUUCGGCCGGAAUUGUGCGCCAGGACUUUUAACGUUCGAUCCCGACCGAUCGGUGUGGUAACGCUUCGUUCGCCUGACACCCCCUCGAAGGAAGAUCAAGCACACUUGACAACCACUCGCAUCCGGAUUCAUUAAAAAAAAAAUAAAGACUGCGGUUGUAUCGAGCAAUCGAAGAUUAUUCUGACGAGAAGGAGAUCACUCAAAAUCAUUUAUUCAUUAUAAGAGACGACCUCUCACUUAGAGAACUACAUUCGGCUAUACAAUUGGAAUUACAGUGAUACGAUAUACUGUUCCACCGUGGACGCCAACGCGGUAUGCAGUUACGCAUUUGCAUCCUAGCCUGUCUCCUAUUGAAGGGGCUGGCUCAAGCCGAGGAAGUAGAAGUCGUGGAGGCGAUUCCGGGAGAGGAUAAUCGAAACGAUAAUUCAGCGUUGAAUCGCCAAGACAACGAACUAAGUAAUUCCGAUCAAUUGGCAUUGGAUUCCAUAGCGGAGAAAGAUGCAGGAGGAAAUCACUAUAAGUCGGGCGCCCUCCGAGGCCAUCCCCUGCUACCACCGGGCCGAGGUGCGCUAAGUCUGCCACGUCCGCAUCAUAAUGUUGCCUAUCACGGUCCACCGCCACCGUUGCCGCCUUCUAAAGCGCAACCGGAAGCGAUGGAUAAGAUCUAUACGACCGGUAGCGGAAUCAGUACCGCGGUCGGCGUCGAACCCUGGCCAGUGGCGACACCCGAUAUGCCGAAAAUCGUAUCGCUGGAUGUGAAAUGCGAGAAGAAUCUGAUGAAGGUUUACCUGGGCUUCGACAAACCGUUUUACGGCAUUGUCUUCAGCAAGGGCCACUAUAGCAACGUAAAUUGCGUUCAUCUGCCGGCGGGACUGGGUCGCACGUCCGUCAACUUCGAGAUCAGCAUACACGCGUGCGGGACAGCCGGUAACACGGAGAACGGACUGUACGGCUACGGCGCCGAGUCUGGUUCCGGGACAUACUUCGAGAACAUCAUAGUAGUGCAGUAUGAUCCCCAAGUGCAGGAGGUCUGGGAUCAGGCGCGCAAGCUGCGCUGCACCUGGCACGAUUUGUACGAGAAGUCGGUCACUUUCCGUCCCUUCCCCGUCGACAUGCUAGACGUGGUACGCGCAGACUUUGCCGGUGACAACGUGGGAUGCUGGAUGCAGAUACAGGUGGGAAAAGGACCGUGGGCCUCCGAGGUCUCGGGACUCGUCAAGAUCGGUCAGACGAUGACGAUGGUGCUUGCGAUCAAGGACGACGAUUCCAAGUUUGACAUGCUCGUGAGAAACUGCAUGGCGCACGAUGGCAAACGCGCGCCGAUACAGCUGGUGGAUCAGCGCGGCUGCAUAACGCGGCCUAAGCUGAUGUCCCGAUUCACCAAGAUCAAGAACUUCGGCGCUUCGGCGUCGGUGCUGUCGUACGCCCAUUUCCAGGCGUUUAAAUUCCCAGAUUCCAUGGAGGUUCACUUCCAAUGCACCAUACAGAUCUGCCGCUACCAGUGUCCGGAACAGUGCUCGGAAUCGUCGCCCUUCCUGGACAGUCAGGGUCUCCUGGAGAAUCAUCAUCAUCAUCACGCGAUAAACGGGCAUCCGGAUGUUGGAUAUGGUUUACCGCCUCCGAUCCCGCUGCCAUUGGAGGCCUAUUUACAAGCGGCGGCCGGACAGCCUCGGGACGAGAGAAGAAGGAAGUCCCGCGAGAUCUCGCAUAACCCGCAGAAGGCCGUCGGUGUGAAUCGAAUCAUCCGGGUGGUCUCGACCGGUGAUCUGACCUUCUCCAUCGACGAGGGCAACAACAGCGGCGAACAGCUGUUGAACGGCGGGCCGACGAUGGUAUUUCCGCAACGCGUUCACGAGAAUGCAGCCGGCUCGACCAUGAUCUGCAUGACCACUCCCGGAUUCGCGAUUACUCUCAUCGUACUCCUCGCUAUUUUACUUUCUUCGUGCGUGCUCUCGGCCUACCUCUUCAUGCGUCUCAGGCCCUUCUCGGCGAGGGCUAAGAAAUCUAACACCGCCGAGCAAAACAGCGGCGCGACGAAGAAAUCUUUGAGAACGUGCUUCUACUCAUAGAUAUAUACGAAAUUGCCGCGUGUCCACCCUGAGUCAUUUUAUCGCGAUCCCGAUAUCCGCGCCGGAAGAGGGGCCGUCAAAUUGCACGGCCCUCUUCUCGGAAGAACCGGUUUACGCGAUAUCGUUGAAAGUCAGUACGUUGGAGGUCAGUACGUCCGUAGAACGAAUGCGGUCGCGCGAAGGAAAAAGGAAAUUGGUCCCGACCGCCACGUCGCACCGGGUUAAUAAAUUAGCGGUAAAUGGGUAGAACGUUCGUACUUUUUCUUUUUUCAAAUACUUUUGGCCAUUAACUGACAGUAUUCUUCUGUAUGUACACGUGUAUGCGGAAUUUCUUAAUAAAACGGGUCGUAGCGAAGCAUCUUCUGCAAGGAAAGCUUUGCAUGAACUGGUCUUCGAAAUCACGAAUCUUCAGGUUUCGUAGAGGCUAUCGAGUGUCGCAAGCACGAUUCUACGUGAAAUUUCCUUUUCGGGACGGGAUAUCAUCAACGAUAUUGUAAUACUAUAACGUAUUAUGCAGUACUCGUGCAAUUCGGUAUCGCGACCUCCACGUGGAGUCGUGCUUCGUCAUAAUGAAACUUAAGCUCAGGCCUACAUACAUAGGCGAAUAUAGGCGAUAUACGCCAAAAAUUUAGUCAAAGAUAAUCAAAUCUAUUUCUUCGUUUAUUAUCUAUGUAUGUAUUUGUAUUUAGUCUCUUCUUUCGUUUCUCGGUAUUUGGGACUCUAUCAUUUAACAAAUCGUUGCUCAACAAUGUGACUGGGUAACAGAAAGGCUGAAAUUUCGCGAAAAUGGCCUACAACACAGCAUUUAAGUAAUAUUAAUAAUCUUAAUAAUAUAUCAUAUAUAUGAUUAUUUAUAUUUAUUACCUAUUUAAAUUUUUUUCUUAUAAAUUUAUUUUUUACACAGAAUUCGAUAAAUUUCAUAUAUAUGAG